CUACAGCUGCUGUCAUUUUGUUGACGUAUAACCUAGUUUAUCGAAUUCAUCAAUUUAUGUAUCUAUCUAAUGGUUCUUCCCUGAAAUUUAUCAUUUAUGAAGGUUCGUAAAGGUACAAAUACUAAACGAUGGAUUGUUUACUAGCCUAUUACACCGAAAAAUUCACGAAAAUCGACGGAAAUAUAUUCGAAGUAUUUUCGAAAUUUUAUAGUUUAGAUCUAUCUCCAGUUGAUUCUUGGCUAGAAAUUCAAUUCAAAAACAAAGUGAAGAAGGAUGAUCGUUUAUCUUUAUUCUACAGAAAAGAAGGAAACAAAUGUUAUGCCCGCAAAGAUCUGCUUAAAAGUUUGGAGUAUUACACAAAAAGCUUAUGUUGUGCCACGCCUGGAAGCAGAGAGUAUGGACUUGCUUUAGCAAACAGAUCUGCUGUAUCUUUUGAAAUGAAAGAGUAUGAGAACUGCCUAAAAGAUAUAGAACUAUGUUUCAACACUGAUUAUCCGGUUGAUCUCAAACCCAAGAUAUAUUUUAGAAAAGCUGAAUGUUAUUUUGAAACUGGUCAGAAGGAAGAUUUUGAAAAGUGUAUAAUAGAAACAAAUAGAUUCCUUUCGAUAACCCUCGUAGAUGAUAGAGAUAAGCAUUUAGAGAAAUUGAAUCAAAUGAAGAAAGCAAAAAUUGGAUGUAAAGGUAUAGAACUGAACAGGGACAGUUCAAACGAUCUUCCAGAAUUCAACGAAGGUGAAAAUGCAAAUUUUGCUUUUGCCUCUUCCAAAAUAAAAAUGGGGUACGACAAAACCAGAGGAAGGCAUGUGAUUGCUGGGAAAAAUAUAAGGAAAGGGGAUGUUUUAUUUAUUGAGAAAGCUUUUAUAUUCGCACCUGUUUUCAAAGAAAACAAAGAAUUUUAUUCUUUCAAAUGUUACAAUUGUCUUAAAGACAUUAUAAGUAGUAUACCAUGCGAAUGUUGUACUUUAUGUGUGUACUGCAAUGAAAAAUGCCGGACAGCUUCUUGGAAUGAAUGCCAUAAAUGGGAGUGCGAAGGAAUGCAAGCAAAUAUCUGGUACGAUUUGGGAAUUGCAUUUCCUGCAUUCAAGGCUGUACUGAAAGGGGUAAAAUCUGGCUUUCGUAAUAUUAAAGGAGACUAUCGAGAAGAUUUGGAGCACUUUGGCGACAAAAAUGAUAAUUACGCUUAUUUCAACAGGCUAGUUUCGAAUAUUUAUAAAAGUAAAAAUGCAGCUCCAUAUAUCUUGAUGUCAGCCAUAGUAGUGACUUACCUUAAAAAAUAUACAGAUUUUUUUGUGUGGUUUCUGCAACAGAAAAACUGCCCAAAAAACGACCUUGGCAUUCUAGUCAAGUAUAUCGGAGGCCUUAUCACCAAACACAUUGCACAACUGUCCUGCAAUUCUAGUAUUAUAGAGCACUGGACUUAUUCAUCGACAGACCUCCUGUUUCCUGAUAUUCUCAUCACAAUUGCUUGCGGGAUGUUUCCGUCUGUUAGCAUUAUGAAUCAUUCGUGUCGACCAAAUGUUACAAAUUUUUUCAUCUGUGAUACAGUGGUGGUGAAAGCGCUAGAAGAUAUAUUAGAAAACGAGGAAAUAUUCAACUGUUACGGCAUCGAUUAUCGUGGAAUGAACAGGGAACAGAGACAGAUUGCUUGUCGAAGUUUAUAUCAUUUCGAAUGUAAAUGCGUAAUAUGUAGCGACUCUGCUAAAGAAGUGGAAAUGCUAGAUAGUUACCUAUGCCCAAAAUGUAAAGGACUGGUUCCGGAAAUGCCAAACCAAACUCUUAGUUUUUGUGUUAAUUGUGGAGAUAAAUAUUCAUUGAAACCUUUUCGAAGGAUAAACGAUGAAGCUCAGAAAUAUUUGGAGAAUGACGACGUGAAUCAAUUAGAACUUUUGAUAAAAAGUUUGAAAAUAAGAGAAAAAAUUCUAUACAAACAUCACAAAGAUUUUGAAGAAGUCUACUACAGAUUGUAUAGCUACCACGUAGAAUCUGGUGAUGCUGAAAAUAUGUUUAAAUAUUUUCACUUAUGGUUGGAAAAUGAAAAAGCUAGACGAGGAGACAAUUCACGGGGUAUCGGCACCAAACUUUAUGAAGCUGCGUUGGCCAUACUUCACUGUCUUCAAAAUGGGAAUCCCAAAAACUGCAGUAAUUUAAAGGAUUUUCUACAAAAUGUUGAACAUAUGAUCAGAGAAGCCAAAUUGGUGCUGAAUUUAUACUAUCCGGCAUACAUUACUAAUAGGUUAAGCAGAAANGAUUCAAAUGGCGUUUAUUUCGAUUAA